AUGGGGUAUAACUCGAUCCUCUCAGACAACAAUUCAUCUUUAGAACCCAACGUCGAGGGUAGGAAGGUAGCCCGUAGAAUUAAAAGUAAUCGCUUACACCUUUGUGAUACUUACACCUCUGGUCCUGCCGCCCUCGGAGCGCAGGGCGCGGACGCGAUCCCCAAAGCGCGGCCAGGUGGUCGCAGGGCGGGGAAGCGCGCGCGCAGGGCGUGGGGGACGCCCCGGGCAGGAGCCGCGGAGCGUAGGGGGCGGGGCUCGCGUGGCAGCGCGUGGCCAGGGCCCCGGGCAGGGCGGGCCGGGACUGCGCCUGCGCCGCCGCCGGUUGGGGCGGGACUUGGGGGGCAGCUCCCUCCUCCGGGCGCCGGGCUGCCCCGCGUGCGCCGAGCUCGGCGCCUCCGACGCUGCCUCGGGGCCGCGCGCAGAGCGGGUGUCCUCACACCUGUCCCGUCCCCUACCUCGGGCCGCGCGUGCCCGGGCUCCAUCCGGAGGGUGAGGACAGACGAGCCAGGGCACCAGUCGCAUGAACUCAGAGCGCCAGGCGGUGGCCGGGUGUCACUCCCCUCGACUGCCGUGUCCGACCUCGGCCCGAGGCGGCUGGGCCGUCACCUCACCUUCCUCACACGGCCUCGGGGCCCUUGGUCUGCAUUUGCGCGUCUUCGCUGCCCAGCGCAGGUGAGGCCGAGUGGAGGCCCGGCUCCAACCUCCUCCUGGGCCGGGCCGCACCCGCCGCGCCGACACCGCACCCCUUGGGUCUUAGGCCCCGCCGAGUACCGAGGCUGGGUGCUCAGACCUCUUCAGAAUAGCAGGAACUCCCCCAGUUCUGUCCACAGCACCUCCCCCUCCCCCGGCCUUUGCCUGGGUCCUCGGGUUGGGGGGAGGCCCGAGUCACACUGGCUCACCGCAUGUGUGCAGCAGCCCCUCGAGUCACGUCGGGGGCUCGGCUCCGAGUGCUUGCCUGCCCGCUGGCACAUGCAGGGUGUCAGGCCCGGGUGCCGCGGAUGGGGCACCCGGGCGCGGAGACCCCGUAGCUGCAGGGUCCCCAAGCAGGCACCCCAACAUUCAGGGAGAGUCGGGCCAACACUGUAGUCAGCAGAUUUUAAGCAAAGUCUUUUGACCUUAACACCGCUAUCCUCACAGUAAUGGCUUUCGAGCAGUAGAGUGAAGCAUUGGUAUUGUUUUCGGGAGGAUUGGAAAAGGAGAACCUAAUGGUCAGCUAGGACUGGAAACAAAGCCUCAACACCUUGACCAUUCCUAGAGAAAUCUGUGGAGAAAUCACAUACUCAGUGUUGUACACCCCGCGAACUUUUAAUGUGCUUUUUAGCUCUACCACUUAAGGCAUCUUAACGUAAACAUGUGCAUAAAACACAGUGGGACUUUUUAAACUAAGUUUUUUAAACAAGUAACUAAAUGAGAGAAAUGAAACCAAUUAGGUUUACAUAGAAGUUAAACCAAAGCUGCCUGGUAAGCCCUGUUCACUGGAGCAAUUCCCACACACGUCUAUUUCUCUCUCCUUUUUCCCCCAUAAGUGGAUUUGGGGUAAUCUCAAGAGAGACUGUUUCAUCAGAGUGGCCUGAUAGCAAGUAUUUUAGGAGGACCUGGGGGACGCCACGCGCUUGUGUUUGUGGUGAGUGAUCACAGCAACCCUGACCCUUAUAAUUUGCGGGGAGCAGGCUGUUAACAAGUCACCAUAAAAACCAACUAGAAAACACCAGGGUGAGCUUAGUGCAGACACCGAAUGAGGAGCGUGGUAUGACGGUGUGCCUGGGCCUCCUCCCGUGAGGACAGGGAGGCCCCCAAGGGGGUGACCCCCUGGGGAGAGCGUUCUAGACAGAGGGAGGGAAGAUCAGGAAGAACAUCGCAUCUAAUGGCCUUUUACCCACUGGGCAAAACUUCUUAAAACCCCGUGUAUCUGGAACUGUAGGGGAUGUGACCGUCCUGUCCCAGCCCGCCACCUGUGGACCUGGGGCCAUGCCCCUUGAGAGUGGCAGGGUGUGCGGUGCCGCCUCCACCCGUGCUCUCCCCGGACAGGCCACCUCCUGAGGCCACUUCAUCGUCUUCUCUCCAUACUUUCACAAAACCUGUGCCACUGCACAGACUGCCACCUCCUCCAAGAAGCCUUUUUCAAUCCUUCUAGGGAGAAUGAAUGAGAGCCUGGAGUUUUUGCCCCAUUCUCCCACAGCCCUUUCCUGCAUUUCUCCAGCAACUCCCGCUUCAUUCUGACCUGGGUCAUAUGUCAUCGCUUAGUUAUAUCCUUCACCCCAGAACCUAAGGAAGCUGCAAGAGUCGGGUCUGGGCUUUAUUCAUCCCUGAGCCCUGCCGCACUGGGUCUGGUGGGCAGCUGCACAUCAUAGGGUCCACUUUUGGUGGAGUCCAGUCCUUCCAUUAAUCAAUCCAGUGUCAUAGAGCAGCUGAGAUUUGCGCGCUCUCUGCUAGAUUCUUGGGGGCGCUGAGAAGGACAGGGCACAGCCCCUGCUCCUGAGAGGCUUAGAAAUCCAUAGUGGUGGGGGGGAGGGGGCAGACUGGCCCAGUGGAAGUACUACUGGUCACCCAGCUGAGGGGGGUGCACAUGCCACAGGGCCACUUGCUCUGUACUGGGGUGAAGGAAGAAAGCACAGGAAAGUCACUGCUUUGAAAUAUUGCUUAUUAAAACUUUAGAAGUAAAAAUUGUUUCAUUUUUGUUAUCUGGCUUGCCCUUAGCACCUCUCUAGGUCCCUUGUCAAACAGCCAGUCCUGUGGCUCUUCCUCAAGGGGAGGGGGCAGCCACAUGGGAGGCCUGGACAUUGGCACCCUCGCCGUCCGUUUGUCAGCAAGGAGUCAUCUGGCGUUAGGUUUAGGUGUUACAGGCUGGCACUGACAUGGCUACUUUUAUAAAGACAAGACCUUUAAAGGAAAGGAUCUUCUUGGUAUUUUGUAAAUGAAAUGGUGCUGAAUAGAGGUGGUUGUGAAAAUCUCUGAACCCCACUGAGGUUUUGGGGCUGCCCAUGGCAAUGUGCUUAGAAGAAUUGUUGGACUUAAGGAUGAGUUAUGCACUUUUCUUUGACAAACACAUAAAAGGAAAAGACUUAAUUCUAAAUGUGCCCACCUUUCUGGUGACGGGUAGCUUAGUGGUAUGCUGACAGUGAAUUUGUAAAAUCAGUACCUUCAAGGGAUAGGUGACUUUUUAAAGUGAGAAUAAGAAAGAAGCAGUUUACAACAGCUGUAACUGCUGCUAGAAAGAGAACAUUUUGAACAUAUCUGGGAAUAUUGCAUCAUGAUGUGAUUUGUGGCCAAAAAUGAUGUUAAGUCUCAUUUAUUAAAAACCCCUAGAUCUGCACACUUAAAAACAAAGUUUUAAAGUCUUCCAAAUGAAGGGUGCACUUAUUAAAAAUAAAAUACCUUUUGGUGUCAAGAAGAUGGAAAAAAUCUUUGCAUAAGCGGUAGGUGGAACUGAAAAGUAUCAUGAAUUAGUAAGCACAGCCAUUAACACGAUUUUCUUAAUUUCAAUGUACGUGUCAGUGUCUUGGUCUGCCAUAACAGCCACUAAAACCAAGUAGAGAAAUAAACUUAAAACCAGGUCUUUGAAUCAUAAAGUGUUAAACUAAGAUAUUUAAAAGAGAAAAAGUGUUUUCAGUCCAUCACAAUCUUUUUAAUAUAUAAUUGACAUAUUACAUUAUAUUAUUUUCUGAUGUACAACAUAAGAUUCAAUAUUAAUAUAUAUUGGAAAACCAUCACCACAGUAAGUCUAAUGAACAGUCAUUACCAUAGUUAGAAAAAAUUUUUUUUCUUGUGAUGAGAACUUUUAAGCUCUACUCUCUCAGUGACUUUUAAAUAUGCAAUACAACAUAACACUGUAGUCACCGUGCUGUACGAUAUGUCCCUAGAACUUAUUUAUCUUGUCACUGCAGGUUUGUAUCUUUCGACCGGCUUCCCCCAUUUCCACCAACCCCCACUUCUGGCAACCACCAGCCCGUUCUCUGUCUCUGUGGGCGCAGCUUGUUGUGUUUGUGAGUCUGCUCCCAAGGGGUGCCAUUCUGUAUUUGUCUCGGUCUGGUUCAUCUCACUUAGCAUGCCUUCAGGGUCCGUCCAUGUCGUCACAAAUGGCAGGAUUUCUUUUUUUAUGGCUGAGUGAUAUUCCAUUGUCUGUACCACGUUUUCUGUAUCCAUUCACUGCCAGACACCUGGCUUGUUUCCAUUCUUGGUUGUUGUAGACAGCGUGGCAGCAAGCAUGGUGGGGGUGCAUACAUUGUUUCGAGUUAAUGUUUUUGUUUUCUCUAGGUAAAUACCCAGAAGCGGAAUUGCUGGGCCGUAUGGUAGUUCCAUUUUCUGUUUUAUGAGGAACCUCUAUCCUGUUUUCUGUAGUGGCUGCCCCACUUUACAUUCCCACUAGCAGUGCACAGGGCUCCCUGUUCUCCACAUCCUUGCCGACACUUGUUAACUCUCGUCUUUUUGGUGAUGGCCUUUCUAGAAGGCGUGAGGUGAUACCUCACUGCAGUUCUGGUUUGCGUCUCCCUGGUGAUGGAUGAUGUGGAGCAGUCUGCGUGUGCCUGGUGGCCAUCUGUAUGUCUUUGGGAAAGUCUGUUCACAUUUGCCCGUAUUUUAAUUGGAUGUUUGCUUUUUUUGCAAUUUUUAAUUACAAUCUUGAAAGAAAAAACUUUUUGAGCCCUGUAAAAACUUGACUAUUUAAAAUUCCACUUUUAUUUAUGAUGUGAAAGUUAUGUUUUUGUAUUACAGUAUGCAGCUAUGUUGCUCUAUUAGUAUAGAGCUGUGAUUUACAGGUAACUAUGCAUUGUCUGCUGACUGGGGCAUAUGCUGGGAAACAUCCCCAGACUACUAGCGUGGCACACUUUCACCGGCUUCCUCCCUUGCAUCUAUUCCUUUUCUCCCAUCAAAAUUCAGGACCCAGUCUCUCUGGAGAAUGCCCCAGCCCACCUCGUGGCAGCCGUGUGUGCUAUGUGAGACUGACCCCACACCAUCUCCUGGAGGGGCCCGUUUGGUCUAAGCCAGCUGGAGGAUCCCCGCUCUGCCUUGGGCAUCGUGAUUGGCUUAGGGACGAGGGCAGGGGUCGGGCCGGUCCUCACAGAGACAGGGAAAUAUUUACCAAGGGCUUCUGGCCGAGCCACGUCCUCAGACUCUGGGCGCUAUUGGAAGAGAUGAUCCAGUCUUUCUCUGGACUAUGUAGCAGGCAGAUAGAAGAGCUGCCUGGCACCGCUACCGGCGUCCUGCAGCCUGGGGGUGAUGCCAGCGUCAAGAGGAGUUGGGGGCCAAGGUAGAAAGGAUCGCAGACACGGACUCGGAGCCCUGAAGACGACAGGAGCCUUGGAUCAAUCCGUGCAGAAGUUUUCCCUACCUUUGUUUUUUCUGUGUUAUAUGAGCCAGGCAAUUCCUUUUAUUUUGUUGGUAUUUGAAGUUCCCCGCGGCACCUCAUCUCCCCAUCUUCAGCAAAAGUUCAACUUGGUCAAAGUUAGGACCUUUUUGGUACCCGCGCUCACAGACAUGUGAAGAGGUCAGUGAAUUACAAGUCCAGUGGAUUCCUCCCCCCGGGGUGCGGAGGGCAGGGGACAGUAACUCAGUCUGGUCAUUCAGACGGCGCGGGGGACCGGCUGGGACCCGCACGGUCCCUCGGCUCACGGCCACAAGAGGGCAGGAGGAGACCAGCAGACGCAGGCGGAGCUGCCCAGGGACUGCGCCGAGCGCUGGCUGCGCCCCGGAAAGCCCAGCCCGCCCGGCCCGGGUAAGUUAGGACGGAGGAGAGCGAUUUCCCUUUGUCUGGACUUCGCUGUGAAACAGUCCGAGGUGCUGAGAAAACAAGUAGGUGCGAUGGUUUGGUGGUGAAGGUGACCAGCAGGGAGGAUACGUGUUUCUGCCCGCCCCCCCUUUCUCCAUCUGCAGAACACGGCUUCUGGCUGUAGCUACCUCACUGGGGCAGAGCAGGUAGGAGAGAACAUGCACGACGCGCGCCGAGAGCCACGGGGGAGAGAGGUUCUUCCCGGAAGCCCGGUGUCCGUGCGCAUGUGUGCCGACCUUCCCGGCACCCUCUGGGCCCACGUGAGCUGCCUGGAGUUCGGUGGCCGCGGGCCGCGGGGUGCGCUCGGCAGAGGAGAAGGACGCUGCUUGGUGCGGGAGGACGGGUUGGGAGCGGGUGCUGGGGCCGAGGGCGCCUUCUUGCUCUGGCCAAGCCUGGUUCCCCUGCCCGCCCCCCACCCCCACCCGCAAGGCAGCAGCGCCUGUCCUGCGAGAGCCUCCCUGGCUCAGCAGAGAAAUGUUAGUUCUGAUCUGCAUAAACUGUGCGCGUGCUUAGGUACGGCCGCUGGAGACUGUCUCUGCCCCGUCCCUUGGGUUGAAUCCACCCCUUUUCUGAGGGUAUCUGUCCUCCCAGCGACACUUGGAGCCUGCGUGUGGGCUGGGGCCUCACCGCCUUAGAGCAGGAGGGCGGCACCAUCCCUGGGCAGCCGGGCAGCGCGCCCUGGCUUCUUUCUCCUCCCAGUGAGUACCUUCCUCCUAUUUCAUAAAUAUCGUUGUUGUUUCUUGGCAUUAAGUUGGGAGAUGAGCAGCAUAACUGUAUGUUUUCAUUGAAUCAAGAACUUCUCUCUGAGACUUCACCAGCGGCUUUCUGCUCCUGUCCUGACCCUUCAACUACCUUCCACAUGGCGGCUGGGAGGCAAACAUUACAAUGAACUGUGGAAAACUCUAGCUCCUAGGAGGGGGCAGAGCGGCCCCACCCCGACCCGUGGGUUCCCUCAGGGUCCGGUUUCACCGCGCAGCCCGGAGCAGUCUCACAGCGGCUCCUGGGGAGGCGGGAAGACCUGUCCCGAGAGCAAACCCGUCAGCAGGAGCGUUUCCUGGAAUGGGCACUGGGAGAAAGUCUGCUGGUUCAAACGAAAGGAGCUUGAGAUAGAGUCCAAGUGAAGACACGUCACUAGCGUAAACCAGCUUUGGAACGAGGAGGGAUUGGUGGGUCGUGCUCUGGAAGCACGCAGGGGGCGAUCGACGGCUAAGGCCCGCUGCAGGCUGCAGAGCAGUCUGAUUGCUGGUGGGCCAGGCACUCGGGGCGCCCUGAGGUUGCCCAUUUCGCACGGAUCCCAGGGGCCCUGGCAGCUGGCCCAGCAAGAGUGGGGAGCCCACCUGACAGACCACAGUGACCCCUGCAGAGAGACUGAUGUCCAACAGCAUGGUGCGGAUGCCUCCAGCUAGGAUGGCGGCAGAAAGGGCAUCAGGGGUGUCAGGACAACACUGACGCGGCGCAGUGUAGACCAGUCUACCCUGGGCAACUGCGGGUUCCUGUAGGCAAAAUGGUGGUACAAAUACUGACCGUGGCCUCUGCAGCAAGCCCCAGGUCCACCUCCUAAGACUGUCCUGAAAAAUUACCUUCAAGGGAAAAAUGCUCCAAACUGAAGUGAUUGAUUCACUUUUCAGCAACUAUUCUAUUUUUAAAAGAUAUUCAAAAUUAGAAUGAGGGCAGUGGUGGUGGUUUAAAAACCCAGAAUAAAUGUGAAGGGCUUUAUUAUGUAGCUCAUCUCUUUUUAAAAAAGGAUCUUUUCUCCCAAGCCAUGUCUUUCCUGUGACAACAGUUACAGGCCCACUGAGCAGAAAUGCAGACACCAAGCCCACCACCCAGUAGUGCAGAGUGCCCUUGCAAUGAGGAAGGGUGGGCGCCUUUCCUUAUCCUC